GUAGUGGACUUUGGUCAAACUUUUAGACCAAGUGACCAAAAACAAACAAACUGCUUCACCGGGCCGAAUUGUUAGCAUAUAUAUAUAUAUAUUAAUAUAUUAAUAUAACUGUAAUAUAAGUGACGUCAUGCCGAGGAAGAGGCUCGGCCAGCGCGACGGCUCGACUUCCGCUGCCGGAAGAGUCCCGAGCCCCAGAGUCCGGAAGAGUCCGGAACUAGCGUCCCGAUGGUGGCUGAAAGGAGGCGCGGUGGCCGUCUUUGUCGUCGUCAUUUUGUCGCCUUACGCUCAGAGGAAAGUCCCCGAGUUGAUCCAGCACCUGGUGUUCUCCCUCAGAGUCAGGGUGCCUUUCUUCGUUGACCUCAGCCGACCCGCGGACCUCUCCCUGAACCACACCGUCAACAUGUACCUGACGUCAGAGCGCGGCGUCUCUCUGGGGGUGUGGCACACUGUUCCUGAAGCACAAGGCAAAGAGGCUCAUGGGAAGGACUCGGCUUGGUACCAGAACACGCUCGGAGACGGGAGUCCAGUGUUCAUCUAUCUUCAUGGGAACACCGGCACGAGGGCAGCGACUCAUCGGGUGGGAGUGGCCAAGCUCCUGAGUGCGCUGGGUUACCACGCGCUGGUGCCGGACUACAGAGGGUUCGGAGACUCCACCGGGGAGCCGACUGAAGCCGGCCUGACGACCGACGCCCUCUACUUGUACGACUGGGUCAAAGCCCGCAGCGGCAGCAGCCCGGUGGUCGUCUGGGGACACUCGCUCGGCACCGGAGUGGCCACGAACGCAGCAGUGAAGCUGAGGGAGCGAGGGGAGGACGUCGCCGCCGUGAUGCUGGAGGGAGCGUUCAACAGCGCCCGACAGUCCAUCCCGGCCCAUCCGUUCACCUGGUACUACUGGACGUUCCCGGGCUUCGGGUUCUUCUUCCCCGAGCCGUGGGCAGACAACAAAGUCGUCUUUCCGACUGAGGAAAAUUUGAAGAAGAUGAGAUGUCCCAUCCUCUUCCUUCAUGCAGAGGACGACCACUUGGUCCCCAUCCAGGUCGCUCAGCAGAUGUACGAGGUGGCAGUGAGCGCCCAGAAUGCAGAGCGAGUGCAGCUGGAGUCGUUCUCCGGCUCUCUGGGGUAUCUGCACAACGGCUUAUACCGGGACCCCCUCCUGCCCGGCAUCAUCAACGUGUGUAUGUCGCCGUGUCUCCUCUGCAGGAAGCUGGUGCUGUCCUUAUGAAGCUGGAGAGGCGACUGAAGGAGGAACAACGUGCAACACGCUCCAUUUAGAUGUUUCACUCGGUCUUGACGACUGCAUGAAUGUGUGAUUUACUCUAAAUAUAAAUAUUUUUUACGAAUCAAAAAUCUUUGUGUGUCGAACCAUCCACGAUUCUUUUGGAGCACCUCGGAACCGAAUGACUCCGGUGCCUUAUGGCUGCAACCUGUCAUCAGUCUGUCUUUACAGUCCUCUGUUUCAGAAGAAGAAGAAAUCAUUUGAGAAUCAAUGCAAAAGAUGUUCGGGCGAACUGAUUGUAAAAUGAUUAUUGUUUGUGAUUUAUAUUCUCAAUUAUCAGAACAAGAAGUAGCAGUUCUCUGUGGGGAUGUGAGUUGGGUGAGCCCUUGUUGCAGCAGGUGCCCCCUAGUGGCCAUUGUUGAGUGGUGCUAAUGCUCGUCUGUAAUACUGAAUAAUGAGUUUGGUAAUCUGAGGUUUAAGAUGUCUCAGAACAAUACAAGGAGAGCAGCUGGGAAAUAUCUGUGGCUUUAGACAAAAUAAAUGUGUUAACCACCUCGCACUGCA